CACCUUUCCUCUCUCUACCAGUCCACUCUCGCUCCGACUCUCACGCUCUCUCGCCGGCCGCAGCAGUCUAGCAACUAACUUGCCGUUAAGUGAGCCGGUGAGGACAUGGCCGCCGCCACGUCGUCGUCGUCUCCGCCAACGCCGCAGCCUUCGUCGUCCGUGGAGCGCACGAAGGGACCCACUGGCCUCGAGAAGAUCGUGCUCCGCGAGGCGCGCGGCUGGUCCGCGGAGGUCCAUUUAUACGGAGGUCAAGUAACCUCUUGGAAGAAUGACCAUGGAGAUGAGUUACUUUUUGUCAGCAGCAAGGCCAUUUUCAAGCCUCCAAAAGCAAUCCGUGGUGGAAUACCUAUUUGCUUUCCCCAAUUUGGAACACAAGGAAAUCUUGAGAAACAUGGAUUUGCAAGGAACCGUUUCUGGGCUAUUGAUGAUAAUCCUCCACCUUUUCCAGUAAACACUGCUAUAAAAACUUUCGCUGAUCUCAUUCUGAAGCCUUCUGAAGAAGAUCUCAAGGUUUGGCCUCACAGCUUUGAAUUUCGAUUAAGAGUUGCUCUUGCACCUGGAGGAGAUUUGAUUCUCACUUCUCGAAUAAGAAACACCAACAUUGAUGGAAGAACUUUCUCAUUUACAUUUGCAUAUCAUACAUACUUGUCUGUAUCAGACAUAAGUGAAAUACGCGUUGAAGGGCUGGAGACAUUGGACUACUUUGACAACCUGAACGAGAAAGAACGAUUCACAGAACAAGGAGAUGCAAUUGUGUUUGAAGCAGAGGUUGACAAAAUAUAUCUAGACGCACCAUCAAAAAUUGCAAUCAUUGAUCAUGAGAAGAAAAGAACAUAUGUUUUACGGAAAGAUGGACUUCCAGAUACUGUUGUAUGGAACCCGUGGGAUAAGAAGUCAAAAAAUAUGCAAGAUUUGGGGGAUGAAGAAUACAAACACAUGCUGUGCGUGGAGCCUGCAGCUGUUGAGAAACUCAUUACCUUGAAGCCUGGUGAGGAGUGGAAAGGAAGGAUGGAGCUCUCAGCUGUUCCUUCCAGUUACUGUAGUGGGCAACUGGAUCCAGAGAAGGUUCUUCAGGGUUUAGAAUUCUAACUUGCCACAUCUUGUACAGGGCCCCUUUAGCGUCACUUAUAUUACUUGGUGGCUGCUGGCAUUGAAGCUGUCGACUUACUAGCCUUCGUUCGUCGCCAUUUUAUUCCACUUAUCUUUCUUUAUUAGCAUAAUACUAGGAUCAUGCCUGUGUGUUGCUAUGGGCUAUGAAAAAAUUCUAACAUGGAAAACAUGGUAUUGAUAUUAACAACAUAUUAUUUUAUGGCUCACCAAGAUUUAUAAGUAUCAACUUUUACAUAAUAAUAUCAAAAUGAGCAUGGCACAUAGCAUUGAAAAUUCUUCUGCUCCCGUAGCAAUGUACGUAUACUGUAUACACAGACAUAGUGACAACAAAGGUAAGUGACGUAACACAUUGCAUAGUCACUUGUGAGAGUAGCCGAAGACACAGGGUUUCAGAUAUUCUAUUAUCCUGAAAACUUAUUAUCCUAAAGUUUUCAGUAACUUUUUCCAUUCACAUUUACACAAGCUGGAUGCUAAUAUCCAUCAUGGAAAUUUAGGAAAAAGCAUUGGCCUGCAUGAAUCAAUGUGUGAGGAGUGUAACAAAAUGUCUGUGGAACAGAAUGUUUCUUUAUUGCUAAGAUUUUCUGAAGAAAAAAAAAAGAGCAGCUGAGGCAGUGUUUGUCUAUUGUAUAAAAUAGCCCUAUUUGCAGAUGGGGAAUAGUGAUUAGUUGCAGUUGCAAAAUCCAAUAUUGGUGCAAUCCAUACUUUUUCCUUCCA